GAUCCCCUCCGAGCCAAACCCAAACCAGGCCGAGCCGAGCCACGGCGUGCGUCUGCGCCCGCAAGCGCACCCCCCGCCUCCGCCUCCGCCACCCCACCCUCGCCUCGCCAUCUCCGACCGCUGCUCUGUGGCGAUGGAGCCGUAACCAACUCCAGUGUGCCGAGCUGAAGCGAGCGUGCGGGAGAGCAACGGAUACGAGGAGACAGCGGAGACCGAGCGGCUAUGGAGGAGAAGCGCAGGGAGGCUGGAGUCUAGACUGCACGCAAACCCACGCACUCACUUGUCCGGAUUACUUUUUUGCAACACCUUUUGAACUGUGUUACCAUUGUUAGAACAGGGGCUUUCUUUUCUUUCUUUUUUUUUUUUUUUCCAACCCCCCCGCCGCUGAUCAUCUUAGGCUAUCGUUGCUCGGCGAGGAUGCAGGGCAAGGAGGCGAGCUUUUGCACGGGAUGCUGGAGACCAGUGCUGCUGUCGUGCGUCCUGGCUCUGCACUUGAUCCCGCCGUCUGUCCACGGAAACGUUGUCGGGACCAAUGUCACUGACACGGACAGCACGGCCAAUGUUACCUCCCUUCUUACCGAGGAGGAACGACCUAUCAAGGUCAAUGAGAUCGUUGUUGCGGUAACCGCGCUGAGCAGCUCGGCCAGUCUGGAUACGAUCAACACUGUGACCCCAAGGGCGGGCCGUAUACCUCGUUCCGGCGAGGAGGAGGAGCACAGCAGCGGCAUGUUUGAUGAAUCGGUGCAUCCUGCAGUGGAGGAAGUGGGCGUGGCAGCCCCGCCUCAGCUCAGCCCUGAUUCGGCUGAGACGGAGCUCCUGCUGCCCAGCAACCCACGUAAAGAAGAUGUCAUGGAGGGUGAGGAGGAGGGGGAGGAUGAGGAGGAGGAGCGUCUGCCGCACACUGACCCGCCUUGGAUCCACUCCAAGGACACAGCCGUGUUUGACCUGGACCACCUUUUCACCACCACUGCCGCGCCCCCGGCCGCCACCAACCCCUCUAACCCCGACGUCCUCCAUGUGGACUUCUUCGACCCCUCCUCUCGUGGACGCAGCCUGGACCUAGCCCCGCCAUCUCCUUCAUCACUGGCCCAUGAGCUGCAGGGUGGCGACCCGACCUCCUGGGCGAUGCCAGACAACUAUGACUACCUCACGCCCUAUGAGGAGGGCGUGUCCCCCACCGCCGAUGAGUACACCUACAGCACCACAACUGACGCCUAUGAGAGCGACGAAGAUCUCCGGAUGUCUGCUGGGUCUCCGGCUCGCCCCAUUCCAGGGGUGGCGCUUCCCGGUGCAGGAGCUCCGGUACCAAACAUCCCUGUGGCGGCUCCUCCAGCAGCCUCACCAGUGGACGGGUCAGAUGGGUUGGGCGGAUGCCGCGUGGGCUACCAGGUGGUAAACGGAAGUUGCCGCUCGCCCUGCGACAUGCUGCCCAACUACUGUUUCAACGGGGGACAGUGUUACUUGCUGGAGGGCAUGGGAGUCUUCUGCAGAUGUAACGUGCAGGACUACAUCUGGCACAAGGGCGCUCGCUGCGAGUCGGUGGUGACCGAGUUCCAGGUGAUGUGUCUGGCUGUGGGAGCCUCGGCUCUGGUGGUCCUGCUGCUCUUCAUGAUCAUCGUCUGCUUUGCCAAGAAGCUCCACGUGCUCAAGACGGAGAACAAGAAGCUGCGCAAGCGCAGCAGUAAGUACCGGCCUUCAUCGGAGCAGCACAAUGAUAAUUUCUCGCUGUCCACCAUCGCUGAGGGCUCCCACCCAAAUGUAAGGAAACUGUGCGACACCCCUCCUAACGUCCCUCAUGCCCGUGCAUUGGCUUACUAUGAUAACAUUAUCUGUCAGGAUGAUCCUAAUUCCCAGAACAAGCUGGAGGACCCGGUGAAGGCCCCGCCCAAGGAGGACGACUCCCUCAACAUCCACAACUCUCUGACCCCCAAACACGAGAACCACAAGGUCCUGGGCGAGGAGAACUCCUCGGAGGUAAACUCACUGCAGAACAACAUGAUGUGAAAACAAAAACAAAACAGCCCCGGCAACCUGACAACACGACCCCGAAAACGACGUGGUGCGCCGGCAACGGGAGCCCCCAAACCCCCUCCCUGCUCUCCGUCCGUCCGCUGCCGAGUGCGCCUAACCGGUCAACCCACCAACCGACAAACCAGCCAGCCUACCAACGUACCAGCCGACCAACCUAGUCUGCAACUGUCUCUGACACGGCAACACUGCCACCAAGCGGCCCGGGCCGCUGCAAAAAAAACUUACACCACCACCACCGCCGCCGCCGCCGCCGCCGCCACUGCCCAAGCUGAGAGUAACCCCGCCCCUGCCGGCCUCACCCUGCCACCGCCUUGCAACACCCCUUACAUCCACUCAC